AUGAUCUCCUUUCUGAGGGAGAAGAAUUUUAUCUCAGUUCUUAUACUGUGCUAUAUCGCGACUAUCACCUUGGUUGAUACCGCAGGUACACUUAGUGGAGAUAAAAUUAUUUUUUCUCCACUCCGCAAAGGAAGUAACUAUACGUUGGAGAAAGCUAAGAGGGACUGGUUUCUGGCCAGCUUUGAUGGGAUUGCAGAAGCCGUGGUUUUGUCCUUAAAUUCUUCUCCGCCUUACGGUAAGAUCUCAUUAUUUUACCUUGCGAUUAACCGGGAAUUGUAUACAUCCAUCGAGUCUUUCAUUGACGUUUUUAACUUGCAUCCUUGAGCAGAUAUAAUGUAAUUGUACAAUUAUCGAUCGCUUGAAUGAAAGAACGUUACUAAUUGUAAACCAAACUCUUAACCCUUGAGAUAUAAUUUCACGAUGUGCAAUCGGCUGUGCAGUGCAAUGUUAAAGUUCGUGAUGAGUGUGACGGAACCAUUCAUGUGUGUAAUAAACUAUGAUUUUAACGCGCAUUAUCUUUCAAGUUUAUAAAUUGUUCUGCGCUUUUAUCGAAAACAACUAACUCGACUUCAAUUAGAACGCUACUACAAGAAAUCAUUUCUUCGAUCAAAUUUAAAACUGGAAUCGUCGACUUGGAAUGGUUUACGUUUUUGAAAGUCAGUUCGAACUUCUAUGACUAGUUUUUUUCCUUUUUAAACCCAUAAACGCUUUCUAAGUUUCCCGUUUUGAUCAAAUAUACGAGGGAAAUACUUAUUUCUCUUCAUAAGGAGGUUUAAGAAGCUUCAAUUUUAUAUGGCUAUGAAUUGCUAUAUCUACCUUUGUCAAUUAUUUAGAGCAUACAUUUUUUUUGAAGGCGCUUUCAGUGAAAAAGAAAAUCAUCAAUAAUCAUUUUCCUCUUUUUACUUCUUUCAUAUCUUUAACUAUUUUACAUAGACACUGCAAUUUUUUAAAAUUUUUGGACAACAAAAUCAGUGAAGUAUCGGAAAUUAGGGAUGGAAAAAUCAGUAAUUCAUGUUGAGUUACGAUUUCGUUUGUUAAAAGGAUUAACCCGUUAACCUUUGUUGUUUAACCGGUACCUGUCUGUUCUACAAAAAGACUUUUCAUUGUAUAAAUAAAACUUUCUUUGUACUUUUUAGUCUCUUGAAGAUACGUGGCUAAACAAAGAAAGGCAGCUUUUUCUGACGAAUGACAAAGAGUCUUUUGAUAUGAGUCAGAGCUAUAAUAGGAUGACCGUUUUGACCGCUACGUGAAAUUAAUUUAUGACUCAAUUGAAUUAGCGCAAUAGCUGCAUUUAAGUUACCAGAUUCACUUAUAGACUGUUUCGCCAAUUGAUAAACAUUUAUCGCUCGCUUGAAAUUCAAUGAAGUUACCUACUGUGUUAGGGCAUAACUGAUCAACUAGUAGCCAUUGUUUUUUGAGUUGACCAUUUAGUCUAGUAGUGUUCAUUUCAGUGACACUUAAUCCUGGCUCGGAACUUUUUUAAAUUUAAGACAUGUAAAUAAAUAGUUACAAUCACUUUGCCCAGUUAAGGGUCGUUGAAAGCCUAAAGGAACAGAUGGUGCCACUGAGAACAGAUCAACGACCACCGAUAACCAGGUUAUAGCUCACACGUAGGAAGGGGUGACUCCCGUAAAAAGGUACAGGAAUGUUCGUCGAAAAAUCGGUAUUAAACCCCAAAAAGAGACAAAACUGGGCUUUGUUUAGGCUUCAUUUAACCCCUAAAGGAAACUAUAUCGAGAUAGGCAACCGCAACCACUUCCCGGAACCGAUGAAGAGCUGUAGUGAUUUAAGCUGCGUAAUGAUUCUGAAACUGAAUUUGUCUCCAUCCUGAUAAAACAUCUUUUCCUUUUCUACUUAUGAUAUUUCUUUACACUCAUUACUCUCCAGCAGACUUUAAGCGGUAUCUGUAUGGGUAAAAUUUUUGUACACCCCGUGAGAGACCAAAAUAUUCAUUUUUUAAAUUAAAAACGCGAAACCUGGGGGGUGUAAAAUUAAAAUCUUACACCCCUAAGCAAGACGACAAGUAACCCCAUCCCUGUCGUACGGUAGUUUCUCUGAAUUACAUCAAAUGAACCCUGUCGUAUAAAGCUUUGCUUAAAACCAAAAUCUGACCCGGAUCCCUUAAUCACGCUCAGCGUCAAGUUUUCCCUUUCCCCAAACAAUUUAUUUUUUUCAUUUUGCAGGUGCCAUUAAAGACGGAAUAAGAAUUCUUGAUGGAAAGGCUAAUUUCACUGCUGGUUAUAUAACGAGAGAGGUAUAGAGAAUGCUGAAUUUGAUGGUUAGGGAGUCGAUUGUAAUAUAUCAGUUAGCUGUUACAUCCGUGGAUUAAUAGGCGUUUUUGCCUGUGGUUCCGUUAGCUAUACUAGACAAAACAAAACAACUUUUGAGAUUUCCGAACAGUCCUUCCCUUUAGAGUUGUUUGUACCUAUGUAAUCAAAAGCGGGACCUCUAAAAAACGUACUUCAUUUGAGCACGAUAGUGCUUAUUGAGGAUACUAUUUUUACAGCGUCUCAUCUCCUACUGGAGACCGGACUACCAUUUUACCUGGUUAUCGGAGCCACGCCAAGGCAAUGCAAAGAAGUAGCUUCAUUUUUUGUUAUUUUUAAGACACUGAGUAUUGGCCAGGCCCUGGGAAUUCCCAUUCUGCAGUCAAGCGCUCCACUGACUGAUCUAUCCUACCCGGCGCAGUUCGCGGCAAUCCUAAAAUCGCGGGUGCAGCAUGGCAGGCCAGUCCAGGGCGGAUAAAUGUUGGGCGGUGAAACGAGCGCUCCGCUCUUCAUUUAAUGUGUGAUGCGGAGUAGGACUGGCACGAGCGCUCUUUCCGCGCUUCCGGUGCGCUUGAAGGCCGGCGAAAUUUUCCUUUUUGCAAACCGGAAAUCCUAUUUUCUUUCUGUAAUUUCAGGCUACAAUCUUAAAUAGAUAAAUUCGUUUCAUAACAAUAUCAAUAAACAGUUUCAUAUGUUUGUGUCUGUACGUCUAUAAGUCAAACUUGUUGGUCGUAUAAUGCCAAAAUUUGAGUUUAAUUUGAAAGUGUUGAAUACCUCCUCCUUCCACUAAAUAUCACCUAAUCGUCUUUCGCCGUUUCGUUUGCAAAAGCUUAACACUUCUUAACCUCAAUUUUUACAUAUGUUAAAGGGGGAUAAAUUUUGUAUAACAUAACAAAAAAUUAGAUUGAUAUAUAUUGAUAUAGUGGCGUUAUAUUUCUUCAAACUUUGCUUCUCGGGUGCAACGUGCCAUGGCGAUUCGCGCAAUGCUUUGCAAAUCCGGCAACCGCAUGUAAACAAAAUUUAUUGAGGUCAGUUGUAAGGUUUUUUCUCCGUUUUUCUCUCUAAAACAAAACAAGGUAAACAGUAAAAACUGAGGGAAAACUAAUUUUGAAGUUUCGAAGAAACAGAAAGACGUAUGAGAUGUUUUUUUUCAAAAUUAAAAAGAAGGAUGAUGGUGAUUGAAAUUAGCAUAAUUUCACCUUGCACGAGCUGCACGCAUUUAUAAAAUACACGUCAUCAAGUUAUGAAACACGAUCUGCUGUCUUUUAGUUUUGCCAUGGAGGACAUGAAUGAGAUUUUCCUUCGUUUUUUAGACAGUACUUAGAUGUUUUUGUUUUUGAAAUAACAUCGACAUUGGCGAGUAGCAGAACGAAAAUAUAAUUCAGUGGUAGAGUCGUGGAAGUAAUAAAAGAAACCCUUUGAAAGCGAUGUUUGUCUACUCCAACUAAACCUCCCACAAAAAAUAGCAACAUUUGCCUCUCAGAGACAGCGUACCAGCACAAAGGAACGAGGAAGAAGUGCAAGAAAACAAAUCAAGCCGCUAAAUUCAGUGACAGCGGCAGUGUCUAAUGUACAAACCACAUCGCAAGCCCUGACCGAAGUCGAAAACAAGCGACAUUUCUAAGCAGAGUCCCAGUCCACUGCAUCACACCUUUUUGCUCGGACGCACUCGUUUCACCGCCCAACCUUUAUCCGCCCUGGGCCAGUCCGAGCGCUAGACCAGUAACAUAACUAGCUAAUUAUAAGUUCAAGUGUUCGGCCGUGCUUUUAAAUACACUUUAAAUAGCCUUCUGGUUUGCCUCCUAAUAGUUGAUGUUUCAUCUUAAUGCGGGAACAGUAUUUCAAUAACCUGCAGUUGCUCAGCCUCAUUUAGGAAGAGAAUAACUCAGAGUAUUAUUGUCAUCUAUAUAUGAUGCCAGAAUUCAAGGACGUUUUAAAAAGAGCAUCUUAUAUAAUUGAGAAGGUAAUUCAAUCCGCUUCGGCUUUCAAUGAAAUGUUUCCUCACUUUAGUCCGUGAUAGAGUUUUUGUGUUCCCUAUUUUUUCAGUCAUUUUUGGGAUUGUUUAGCUGUACGAACUUUAGUUAUGAUUGGUCAGUAGCAGGUCAGUCGUUUCCAAAGGCACGGUGACCAAUCAUAACUCAAGCUUUUCCACUAAAACGAUUCCUGAAAUCAUCGCGCCGAAAGUUUGUGCCCGCUCUCUCCAUAGUCUAUGUAGUGGCAAAUUCCAGUUUUCAUGUGGUCAUUUCUCUUCUUCUUUACAGGCCAUAGCUGAAAAUCUACCUCUCACUCUACUCACUUCCCUGUCUGUUGUGAGUGCUUUUCUAAUACCGCUGGUCGGUAUCAUAUUCGGCUGUUUCCGUUGUAAGGGCAAAUGCGGUGGAGAGUUGAUAGAGGAGGACCUGGAAACGAAUCCCAAGAAACAUCGGCAGUUGUUGACGGCUGCAAUUUCUGUUUGCUCAGCUUUGAUCAUGUGAGUAUAUUAAACAUAUCCCCCCAAAGUAAAACAAAUGAAUUAAUAAAAUAAAUAAAUAAGAAACCACACGUUCUGUAAAUAUGGAGCUUUUGUAACGACUGCGGCGACGGCUGCGUUUAUUCCAAAGCUCUUAAAAUGGCAAACGUUUGCGGUUAAGGGUUACACAGCGAUAAAUUGCCCAAGCGGAAGAAAAAACUUGAGCCCGGUUUGGCGGGAAACGUCGUUGUAAACAUUGACGGUUGACAUAGAUCGUAAAUGUUUUCGACCAUGUGUACCCUUUUAAUAAAACCGCCACAUCAGUUAAGCUUGGCAAGAGACUGAAAAGGAAGCCGUUGAGUUCAUUCGCGCUUAAAAGAAAAGGAAAUUCAAGCCUAUUCUCGCUCAGUGGUCAAAAGUACGGGUUUACUAAAAUGGUUUCAGCGACUUCAUGAGAAAGUAAUUCUUGAACACUGAUUUGAAGAAAAUUUGCGUGUGUUUCAAGGUGCUUUUGAAUUUAAUUAAGAAAAGGCCUGAAAGAAGACAGGAACCAUCUCUGGGUGACAGUUCCUGGAAGCUGUCCUUCUAUACAUAGAGGUGUAAGACUGAGAUGUUUAAAAUGAUAACAGAUAUCUUCAUCCUUUUCUUUUAGGAUUGCUGCCUUUUCAAUCAGUCUCGUUAACGAUAAAACGGAGAAAGCGGUUCCCGCUUUAGAUUCUUUGCUUAUUAACUCAAUUGUCGAUGUUAUCAUUUACAAGGAAAACACUUUAAAGGUAGGUUUAGUUGUUUAUUUCGCUAACAAACGAGAUAUUGGCAUGGCUAUGCCCAAACAGCUAUGAAGCUCCCCUAGUUUUUUCUCUCUCUGAUUUUACAUUUCUUCACAUCCAUGCUCGUCCUAACUUUUAGGGGUCAAUUGGUACCUCUUAGGGUGUCCAAAUCGACUCCCCUUUGAUUUAAGGUUUUGCCAAGGGUGUAAUGCCGGAACAUGACUGAAAAGUAUCGGUUACUCAACAAUGUCUUGGUAUCACUUGAGGUUUAAGGUCAUUCCUCUGAAAAAGAACCUGCAGUGAGAUACUUGUCCAACUUUACCGAUGGUUUUGACUGUUCGUAGUCUGGAGAUAGAAAGGUUCUUCUUAUCAUAAAAAACGAAAAAAUGAAGAUGCCUUGAGAAACACCCUUUUUAUAGUAAAAGCUGUCAUUUUUUGAUGGGCGCGCGCUAAUCAAGCGUGAUUCUAUGAGCAGUAAGGAUGCGCAAUGCAAUAAGCAAAUAUAAGCAAGACCCGCGAAGCGAUAUUAUGGGGUGCUUACCAUUUGGCAGAAACUGAAAACCAGAUCGAGUUGUCGAGAGGCAUGAUCAGUGGAAAGCGAUUUUGCUAUCCUCCCAGAAUAACCAUUUCCGUUACAGUUUGAAUCCAAAAAACGGAAAAUUUUGGGGAUUUUUGACUUGAUGGUAGACAGCCCAGGUAGCUUUUAGGAAUGUUUAAGAGACUUUUCCGACGAGUGCUGUGUCAUUUCUAGGCACUGUCCGUGGACUUUGUUUGUCACUGACUUAGGCCUCGUCCAUACGAAUCCAGAUUUUCUUGCAACUUUACACGAAUCGACCUUCCGUCCCGCAAAACUGCUGAAUCUACUCACCGAAACCGCAUCCUUCGAAACCGCUCUCCAAAGUGGUUCGCAGGGCCCCGCCCAAACGAAUACAGUUAACAAACUAUGCGUUUUCAAAAAUGUCCGGAUUCGUGUGGAGAGGGCCUUAUGUUCAUGAUUUGAAAUCAGGUUCCGUUUAGUAAACCCCCUUAUUUGACUGGCUUGUCUGCCGUUUUCACAAUAGGACGUAUUUCAAGGGGUGUCUACAUGACACCGGGGCGACUUUCGGGCCGGCGCGAGUUCACUCCGGUUCCCUCUAGUGGCCCUGUAUUUGUUUACAUGGCACCAACACAAAAUGCCAUACCGGUGCGAGUCACACUAGCUUGAGUUCACCCCAGUUGUUGUACCGGAGAGAGAAUAUUACUCCGGUACGAAAUUUCGCAAAGGUAGCUUGUAAACGCGAAACGACCACUCGUUUCGGUGUAAAAUCGGUCUGCCGGUAGACUUGAACGGAUAGCUCAUGCGUAAUUGAAUUGCUCGUUUAUUUUAUCAAUAAGAAGUUCUUCAUAUAAACCCGAUAUGAAAUGACGCUGUCAUCAUAUAAACGCGAUACGAAUUAUUUGCAUUUUGGUGAACUUUUGUCUAUGAGGACACUUUGUUAUGUCUGUAUCAUACUUCUCAUAAGGGUUUGAUCUGUACAUAAUCAACAAAGGCGAGUUAAGUAUUUUAAAUUGUCUUUUGCUAGGAGCUGUCUGAAGUAACAGGAGAAAAUAUGAACUUUACCAUUGGGAUGAUAACAAAGGAAUUGUCAUGUAAGCAGAAUUAAUAUAUACUAAAAAACUCUCGGAGGUUUUUCACAACUUGAAUAAUUUGAAAAGAAGAAGAAUUUGUUUCCCCCUAUGAUGAAUGAAUUGUAACUUAGUUCCAAUAACCUUAGAACCACUUCGCUGUUUCCGAGAAUACGAAUUCAUUAUCGUGCAUCGUACAGUUGAAAACAUAACAAUACAACAUUAACCAGUCGUAAACUGAAAGAAAAGGAUAAAAGUAAAGAAACUUUAUCUUCCCAAUUUAUAGACUGCAAUAAUCUGUAUAAUUAAAUGUACAAUAUGCUAUAACUUAGUAAUAACUAAUGAAUAAAGUUCAGAAAAGUGCUCUCAAAUCAAGGGAAAGUUGUAUUAUCCUUUUGAUUUAGGGAUACAGAUGAUAUCAGUCAAACUGUUGCUACUCAGGGCACGUAAAGGAACAAACCGAAAAUUUGAAGAGAAAGUGUUUGAUAACUUAACGUUUAUGAUCUACAGAUUUGCCGGUUAAUAUUACAACACCGGUUAUAGAGAGAUCGAAAGACGCCGUCGAUGAACUUCUUCACGACAUUAGACAACUGGGACCAAGUAAGUUUAUUACGGCUACUGACGUCCGCUGACGUCACGGCGGCCAUGUUAUUUGACAUAAACAAAGGGGAAAGAACUAGAUCACAUCGACCUAAACAAGAUUCAGGGACCAGCGGUUGCAAUGAAAACUAGGUUUUUGUAGGCUCGUUCUCGCGGGCACACAAUUCUGCUGUUAGUCGAUGUUGUCAAGUGUUUUUUCAAACAAAGUUGUUUUCCUCCACUGGGAUCUAAACUCGCAUUUCAUGCAAAAUUUGUAAGAAAAAAAAAAGUUGUAUUGUUUUGCCAACCAACGUGGCCAGCUUAUCUCGAGGCUAAAAACCAAGAAUAGGUUACUGGUGGACCACAUGUACUUCGCUGUCAAACGAGAGAAAUUUGUCAAACUAUAGCAUAUCACCUCCUGGUAAAAAUCAAUAAAAAAGAUAUGUACGUGUAAACGUUCGAUCGCAACGUAUACAAGCGAAAUUAUUCUUCAAAUAUUUCAGUUGAUCAUGACUGUGAUUCAUCAGUGAAACUUUGAUGGUGAUAAAGUUCUUAACUGAUGAAGAAGCUUAAUCCGAAACGAAAAACAACAAAGACUUGUAACCAAAACACACAUUUUUGUGAAGGAGAGAAGUUUGAAGGAACAUUAAUGAGGCGUAUGUACACAGUGCGGACCUAUUUUUGUAACAGUAAACGUAGCAUGCGGACCGAUACGUUACCUUUACUUUCUCUGAUUCAUAAAUUACAGAACUUACAGAACUCAAAGACUCUUUAAAGGAAGUUUCCGACACUGUUCAAAAUCUACGGACGCUUGGACAAAAACUACGUGCUGGCUUAGAUGAGGCACGAAAUAACUUGACAGAGGCAAAAACAGAUUGUAAUAACGACCCUCCCUCAGUGUCGGCCGGUGCGUGUGAUGAAAUACCUGCAGGUGAUGAUCUACAAGCUGAGGCAGACUUUACAAAGGUAAGAUGUCAGCGGUAAAUAGCUAUUAAUUGGAAAAUAGUUAUUCCUGGGAGGGGGGGGGGGGGGGGGGGGAAGAGCUAGUGCGCAGAAAGGAAGGAAAAACGAGUGGAACGGAGAAGAACACAAAAAGCCUGGUCCACAGCGGCGCUGGCGGGGUGGGGUGGUGGGGAUGAGGGGAGUGGGCUGGGGGUGGUAGGAUUAGUAGUAGGGGAAAAAAGAAAGAAAAGGAAGGGGAGUUAGAUAAGGGGGAAUGGUUGGGGGGGGGGGGGGGGGGGGGGGGGGGGGGGGGGGGGGGACUCGGAAUUUGAAAGGGGUCUGGAUGCUGGUCCGAAAUUUUGAAUUAAACCCCUAAAGGAGACCGAUCUGGGAGGGGCCCAAGCUUUUUUUGACCCCUAAAAGAGACCAUGUUAAAACACAGACAAUAUAUAUUUUUCCCAUGCAACCCUAAACGAGACCUUCACGGCUAAAUAUGAUGGUGUUUUGCCCAGAACACCCUAAGUGAGGCCCAAAUCCGAAAUUUAUACCCCUAAGCGAGACGACGAGCAUCCCCACCCCUUUCAUAUGGGGAAUCCUCCUCCCGGGGAUAUCCCCAGGCCCAAUCUCGUACCAACAAGUCGCUCGCUACAAAUGGAGAGCUUGCUCGCAGGUUAUUUUGAUUCUUGGUUUACUCUCAUGGCAAGAUGAACAUAAUACAGCUGUAUCUCGGUGACUAUUACUGUUAUAUUAGUCAUAUUCAAGAUCAAACGUUUUCGAUGAUAUUGCAUGAUGCACUGCUUCAGCUUUUUCUUUUUAUUAAUUUCCGCAUCACAGGUUCCAGAUGCUGCGCAGGAAUUAUCAAACAUACAAGGAAUUCUUUCUAAAUAUGAUUUUGAAGCACAAAGCACCGAGGUGAGUAGGAUUGAUAUUUUGUAAUUCAAUUAGAUGGUGACCUGGCCACAGAUCUUUGAUUCAAAUGUCAAGGGUCACCCUCCCUAACUCCCUAAAUACAUCUGGUUUAGUGUUUGGUUUGUUACUAAAAUAAACUCUUCUUUUUUAGGGGGAGAGCAAAUUUAACUCUAUGGCAGCCAAAGUUUACGAAACAACAAUAUCUGGCUCAGAAGGUAAGUCGUUACGAAAAUCUGAUCUCUGGCAUAUGUCGCCGACUGAAACUAUUUUGGAAACUGAAUAUAUGCCUUGCUGCGAUUCACUUGCUUUUUGCACCUCGUUUGAAACUGCCCAUUUCUAACACUCUGUACUGUUGUGUUUAAUUGCAGAAAUAACUAACUUCACUAAAGAACUUCAAGACUUUACUGCCAAGAUGGUAGACUCGAUAAGAAAAGCUGGUGAUGCGGUAAAUCAUCCAUGGCACAUGACUCAAAUACAACUUAGCCUGUUCCAAACGUUCAGAUAGUGGAAACGACGCAAAGAGGCUUCGCACGGCACUCCACUAUCUGAAUGUUUGGAACUGGCUAAAUACAACUAAAAAGGUUAUACAUGCACCCAUUGCGGACCUGUUUACUCGCAACUUGAACCAAUAAGCUUCUAUUUUUUUAACUUUCAGUUCCAAACAGACGUGUUACUUCCGACGAAAAAUGAAGUCCACAUUAUAUUUGGAAAAGGAGGAUUAUUUAACAGAUACGAUAAAUACAGGUAAAGGAAUGAAUUUAUCAAUGAUUAUUUAAGUGGGACAUGCCAAACAGAAAAAGUGCUAUUAAACUACUGCUGUGGCAUAAAACUAGUAUAGAAAGCCUUUCAUACUAGACACGUAUUCGUGCUGGAAUUUGAGAACUUACUUGUAUGCUGGAAAUAAUGUAGUUAUUUCUUCUUUGUUUCACAGAUGGAUGACCCUUCUUUCCAUUUCGCUCGCCAUCGUAUUUGUUGUGCUGUUAACCUUUCUUUCACUUAUCUCUGGUGCUCUUGGUUCCAGUCCUUCCGACACACCGAGCACACGCUCGGACACUUCAAACUGCGCUGGACGGGCACUAAUGUGGUAGGCAAAUACUAUCCUGGUGGACUGUUUCCAGUAUAAUAUAACAUGUGAUGUUCACGUGAAAACAGCUUUAAUGACCAUCAAAGUGAAAUAAAAAGCAUUUGAUUGGUUGACCUAAAGAAUAUGCAAACGUCUUUUUGUUGCCCUAAGUGACUAGCAGACGUAACAGCUUUUCUCUUCGGAAUAAUCACUUUCUUUUUUAAUUGCAAUGUCUGGGAAUAUUUUAAUUAUUGUGCUGUUUGUGCUUCCUUCCUCAGUGUUGCUGCUCUGUAUUUCUUCAGUGCUUUUUUUCUCAAUCUCAUCUUGGCUGUGACCUUCUUUCUCGGAGCAAAUGCAACAGUUCUUUGUAAGUCAGCUGCUGACCUGAGCCUGCUAGAAAAUGUAAGUAGUAGAUGUAAGUUAGAAAGGUGAUUUCCAUUUACGAGUAAAAGAACAGUGUAGUUAGACAUCUUUUCAUCUAACUUUAAUAAUUUGUGAGUUAUUUUAACUAAGUUAUGUUGAUAACGCAUAAUUGUUGGCAGUUAAUUUGUCUUACUAGUUUUGCUCAAGAAAAGGAAUCAACAUUACAGCGAUAUUUUCAAUUUGGAUGGUACUAAAAAUGAGAUUUUUCAUUCUUUUCUUUAGACCAUCGAUGAUCCUUCAACACUGGGAUAUUAUCCUGUGUCCAAAGCUGUGCUGGGGAAUGAAUUCGCCGAGAUUCGACUGUCAGAUUUGCUCAGGUAGAGACAGAAAAUAAUGCUUAAGGGGUAUUCUAAGUCGGCAUGCAUAUCGCAUUGUCGUCGUUCAUGAGAGACUACUGUAUAAUUAUGUAACAUAGUUCUGCUUGGUCGAUGACUGCCAGAUUUGGAGAACUUUACUUAGCAGUCCCCUUUGAACACAAAUGAUUAAUCUUAAGCUACGGAGAAUACAAAACCAGCUGCACAAAAAUUUUGAUAGGGACGACUUGGCUUGAAUACAGGCGUUAACGCUUUGCCGUCAGUCAAGUUUUAGAGCAAAACCAAAUUUUGGACCAAAUCCUCGAAAAGGAAUGGCCAAAAAAGAGAUUUCCAACACUAAGGACUUAAUUUUCUGCUCAUUGGAUCUAAUCUAAUGGGAUCGCGCAUUUUUUUGCGAAGCUAUUUUGAUUUUUUUCCUCGCUCUCUUUCUUUUUCCUUUGCCUUUCUCUUUAUAGCCAGUUUUGUUGCCCACUUUAUCGUCUUUCUUUUGCAUGAAAUCUUGGCUGGCUUUCUUUCCGACAAAGGGACAAAUUCAAUCUGUAAAGAGUAGUAGGUAAAUGACAAAAUUAGCAGUGGAUUGUUUCCCCAAAUGUUGCUUGUUUUUUGGCUAUAACUCUGUUAGAGACCAAAAAAGAACAAAAGCGGACUUCAAAGCGUCAGCGUCAACAUGAGAAUUCUUUUUGUCUUGGGCUUAGAAACUUGUUUCAUGCUGAAAUUCGACAAUUUUAUAUGGAAAAUGGCCAAUUUCAAACAAUUUGGUAAGGUCCAUUUGUCAGGAUUGGUCAUAAUUUGCUGAAUGAGGUACCAGUGGAAAGAUCCAUCCUCGCUGAUUUUGUUAAUUACCAUCUUGACAACUUAAAUGAACAGCUUUAUGGGUCAGGAAGAUAAAUAUGCAUAGGUCCAUAUGGACCAAAAACGAACAAUGCGGACGUCAAAGAGCUGGGAUAAUAAUCGCCGAAUUAAAUUUAUUACAAAUUGUAAGUGUACAGAGCCAUCUAGCUCCGAAUGUUAAAGACUCAUCGCUGAGUUUAUCGCUGCAAAUAAAACAGUGAGAUCAAAUGUUUUUUCUUCCAUUAUAGACGAUGUAGUGAAAAAGAAACUCCCUGGAAGCUGCUUCGACUGGACAGUAAAUUCAACUUUGAAAACAUGACAAGUUACAAAGAAGUAAGUAUGUUACCUCCU